AUGAUUUUAUUUUUUACAAUAUUCGUAAUUUUGCAUAUUCAUUUUGCUCAUGGAGCCAAUAUUUUGGCAAUUACUACAUUGCUCUCUCCCAGUCACCACUUAUUUCACGAUGUAUAUUUAUUAGAAUUAGCGGAAAGGGGACACAAUAUUACAUUAUUGGGCCAUGACGAAGACAAACAUGGACAUCCAAAUUAUACACAUAUUGUUAUGGAAGGAGUAUACAACCAAAUGAGGAAGAGUUUUGACCUGAUGAAAAUGAAAGAUAUGUCCGACUGGGAGACAAUCAAAUCUCUAUGGUCGUACACUGAGCUUACGUGUAUGAUGGAUUUUGAAACGCAGGGUUUGCAAAAAAUAAUCGAAUACCCUAGUGGUUUCAAAUUUGACUUAAUUAUAUGGGAUAUUAACAAUGGACAGUGUUUGUUUCCAUUAAUAGACAAGUUCGGUAGACCGCCUGUAAUAUACAUAAAUCCUUUUUUGAACCAACCAAAUACUUUCAAAAAUGUCUGGCAAAGUUACAUCCCAUUUAUGACGCAUACGCAUACGGAUCACAUGACUUUUUGGCAAAAGAUAAAAACUACAUUUUUCAACAUUUUGCUUGAAAUUACAAGAGAAAUCUAUUUAAUACCACGUCAACAAGAAUUAGCCGAGUCUCAUUUUGGUAAGCUGAAUUUUACCAUUAAGGAGAUUGAACGAAAUGUAAGUUUAAUGUUAACUAAUCACAAUCCUGUCUUCAAUUAUGUCGAAGCUUUGCCCCCUAAUAUAAUUCCUAUUGGAGGACUACAUGUACAGCCAAAACCUUUGCCAGAGGACCUCAAAGCAAUUUUAGACGAAUCAAAACACGGAGUAAUAUUAUUUUCACUAGGUUCAAAUGUACGUUGUCAAGAUUUAGGCGAUGACAAAAUUCAAGCUAUUUUAAAGACGUUUUCUAAAUUGAAGCAAGAUAUAAUUUGGAAAUUCGGGCACGACAAGAUUUCACACAUUUCUAAAAAUGUCCACAUCAGGAAAUGGGUACCUCAGAACGAUAUUCUUGCCCAUAAAAACACUGUUCUUUUUAUAACACACGGAGGAUUGUUAAGUUCACAUGAAAUUGUUUACAACGGAGUGCCGGUAAUAGGAAUUCCUUUCUUUUUGGAUCAGUUACAAAAUAUUGGAAAUUUUGUUGCAAAAGGUAUUGGGUUAAAACUUGAAUUUGAAGAUAUUACUGAAGAUAAUUUUUACAAUGUGAUACAAGAAGUAUUGAACAACAAAUCGUACAGCGAGAAAGUGAAAAACUUGUCAGUUUUAUAUAAACAUCGAAUAAAUACUCCUCUAGAAACCGUUGUCUAUUGGAUGGAAUACAUAUUAAAAUUUAAAACCGCAAAACAUUUUAAUUUAUCAACGAGGGACAUGAAUUUAAUAGAUGUGGGGAAUUUAGAUAUCAUUUUAUUUUUUUCUCUUCCGUUCUUAACUGAACUUAGUCAAUAG